GCAGAUGAGACGCAGCUGGCUCCUAAAGGAGACGCCACCGCGAGAAGCCAAGGCAAAGGCGACCAGCACCAGACCAAAGGCAAAGGCAAAGGCAAGGCCAAAGGGAAGAGCAAGGACAUGGGCAAAGGUGGAAACGCCACAAGGGAAGAAGGGCCUCCUGCCCAAGCACAGCACCGGCGCUCAGCAGACUCGCAG